AUGGCGGAUACGUCCCCGGCUGAGAGGCCCGAGGCGCGCGACAGGCCGGCGACGAGGGUGCCGACGCGCCGCAAGCCGAGAGAUGGCAUUGCGACGGCCAACGGCAAGUCCAACGAGGAGUUUCUCGAAGAAUUCAUACAUCCAAGGUGCAAACUUUUACGCCUCACAGAUAUGGAUGACCGCUGGCCAACGUGGCGGCACCCCAAGACGGGCGCCGAGUAUACGCUCGGCCUGUUACAACCGCGGGACAUGACUGACGAGGAGCUGGAUGCCUGCUUUGACCUGGUAGAAAAGACGAGCGGCGAUGACUAUCGCAGCUCCUCGGUCGGGUGGCACCCGGCGGCCAAGAAGAAGGAGAUGCGGCUCCCGGACCUGCGGUACAUCCUCGUCAAGGACAGCAUUGGGCAAAUACGUGGAUUCACGUCCAUGAUGCCGACGUACGAGAACGGCGAGCCGGUAGUCUACUGCUACGAGAUCCAUCUCGAAGACGAGCUCACCGGUCUGGGGAAGCAGCUCAUGGGCCACCUCAUCGCGGCGGCAGAGGGCAUCCCCUCGGUGGACAAGGCGAUGCUGACGUGCUUCGCGAGCAACGCGCGCGCGAGGGCGUUUUACGAGGGGCUCGGGUUCGGGCUGGACGAGUCGUCGCCGCGGGAGAGGAGGCUGCGGGGCGGCAAGGUGGUGGUGCCCGACUAUGUGAUCUUGAGCCGCGGGACGGCGUGGGCGCGGGCCAGUGCGCGGACGCGGACGCGGCGCGGCGGGCCUGGGGAUGAUGCUGAUGAUGUCGGCGAGGGAGAGGAUGGUGUUGCGGGACGUUGA